GUCCAGUGCUUGAGAAAUCCGCUUAGAAAAAAAAAAUGUUCAACAGAGAUGACCUGCGUUUACAUCGGAUAAAGCAUCCAUAUUGUAUUGCUCUUUGUUCUCUGCCUCACGCUGUCCACUAUUGCUUUGUCGGUAUUUAUUUUCUGUUGAUCGACGAGAAAAUUAUUCUCGGGUGGGUCAUCAGACACCAUUCUGACCAAUGUCGAAGCUGUGCUCGAGAAAAGCGAAGUCGUCGUGAUACUAUUCUUGUACUAUUUACUAGCUGUUAUCCGUGUGACCGCAGUAUUUGUACACGAUCGCAGCCGUGCCGCUUGCUGUAGCAAAGGCCACAGACUCUAGAGCAGGGGAAGGAGGGGAGUGGGAAAGGAGGGAAAGGGGAAGGGAGCGAGCGGGGGAGGGGGGACGCAGAAAAGAGGGUGGGAGCCGGAAAGAGGGGGGGGGAAGGGCAGCAAGGUCGAAGGAGGGGGGGAGCCGGGAAGGCGGUGCCAAAGCGAAGGAGAGACAGCAGCAAAGGGCGAAAAGGAAAGGGAGAAGAGGGGCAAAGAGGUGGAAACAGGGGAAAACGCUUUAAAGAGGGGUGAGCAGCAGGGGGGAAACGGGGGGAAAUGCGAAAAAAGACGGGCAUGCCAGGGCAGAGAGGUAGAGAGAAAAGCGGAAGCAGAAACAUUGAGGAGAAUUCGUUGGGUUUGUUCCGAACGGGAGAAGGAAUUCUCCGGACAUGAGGAGGUUUCCAGGGGAUUUCUGGUAUGCCGUCUACGGCGUACUGCUGCAGAGGAGGAAGCUGGUAGUAGAAUUCNAAGGGCGCAGAGGGGCAAGGAGAUGGAAACAGAGAAAAACGCUAUAAAAGCAGGCGAAAACGGGGGGAAAUGCGAUAAAAGGCGGUCCCACCGGUGCGGAAGCAGGAAUCAGGCGGCAUUGCUGGGAUUCCGUGGGGUUUGUGCCUAAAGGGCACGGGAGAGUCCCGGUAGAAAGAUGACUUCUAACCUGGAGUUCCCAGGCGCUUUGCGGUAAAAUAAAAAGGCUAAGUGCGGCGUACUGUUUCACAGGCGGAGGCUGCCGAUGCAAAAUCCGUGUUCCACAGGAGGAGGAGGGGUUUUGGAUCCCCGACCCGGGCUCGGGUCCCCCUUCCUCGAGAAAGGGACGCGGGGUCUUCCCUUCGGGAGGCGGGGUUCUCCCCGGCCCCCGCGACCCCGGGCACCCCCCCCGGACCCCGGGGAACCCCCCGGACCCGGGGGUCCCCCCCCCUCCCCCUCCCCUCCCCCGGACCCCGGGGGUCCCCCCCCCUCCCCCUCCCCUGAUAAUUCACGCUGCUCUUUUCGUAUAGUAUAGGAAUUGUCCCGAAACACCUCUAA